AAAAAAUAGAGAUAAUUGCAUUUGUUUAUUCUUCUUUUAUCAGGUGGCUGGUGGAAUCUGCUCGGUGGCUGAUUAUCACCAAUCAACUAGAUAAGGGCUUGAAGGCACUUAGAAAAGUUGCACACAUAAAUGGAAUAAAGAAUUCUGGAGACAUACUAAACGUGGAGGUUGUGAGAACCACCAUGCAGGAGGAGCUGGAUGCAGCCCGAAACAAGUCUACUGUGUGUGACUUAUUCCGCAGCCCCAAUAUGCGUAAAAGGAUGUGCAUCAUGCUCUUUGUGAGAUUUGCAAACACAAUGCCUUAUUAUGGCAUCAUAAUAAACCUUCAGCACUUGGGGAGCAAUAUUUUCCUGUUCCAAGUUAUUUUUGGAGCUAUCAGCCUCACAAUACGAAGUCUUUCCCUUUUGCCACUGAAUCAUUUGGGCCGUCGAAUAAGCCAGAUAUUGUUCUCAUUCCUGGUGGGACUUUCCAUUUUGGUCAACACAUUUCUGUCCCAAGAAAUGCAGACACUGCGUGUGGGUUUGGCAAGUGUGGGAUCUGGCUGUUCUACUGCUUCUCUCUCCUGUAGUGGUGUCUAUUUGUCUGAACUCACCCCCACCAUACUCAGGGCAAGAGUUAGUGGAAUUGAAGUGAUGGCUGAUAGGAUGGGGGCAGCAGUGGCUCCCCUCUUGAUAACCUUAGAGGUAUUUUUCACGGCUUUUCCCUGGAUCAUUUAUGGAGUCUUCCCCAUCAUUGCUGGUCUUGUUGUCUUCCUCCUACCAGAAACCAAGAAUAUGCCUCUGCCUGACACCAUCAAGGAUGUGGAAAAUCAGUGA